AUGACAGGACAAGAGGCCAGCCCUUUGAUGCCUUUGACCCCUUUGACGUCUUGGAUCUCCUCCUGGGUGGGAAGUUCUGCAUCCUCAGCAUCCAACCUUCCAGAUGAAAAGGUGGAGGAUGAAGACAAGUGGGAGCGUGAACGAGCUUUCGACAUCGCUGACAGUUUGGAAAACGGCUUGGCGCGAGAGAUCGUCACCGAGUUCAUGCACCCUCUGCGGCGAGCCAGCAAGCUUUGGAAGUUCCACGUCAUUCGCUCUGAGGACAAGCUCCAGUACCGCCUGUUCUCAGAUGAUGGGGAUUUUCUGAUGUAUGCUCGAGCGAAUCUGGAGGCUCGACAGGUCUCCUUCUACCUGUACAACCCUUGUGAGAAGGUUGCUAACCUGUUCAAUGCAGACAAGCCGGCUUUCACCAUGUCGUGGAACGCUGACAGAACGGAAUGGCGCAUUAUGCAGGAAAGGUGUGAGAACUGCCAGUUUUCACCCAAGCAUCUGACUUGCUCAUGCUAUGGAAAGCAGCAGGUAGCAUGGAUUCGGCACCACAGGAAGCCGGUUGGAGAUGGCAUCUUCAAUUGCAUGGAGAUUCAUGUGCCCGGAUUGUAUUCAGAUGGCAGCAGGGUGGUCUGGUGCCCACUCCUAGGAAGAGCAGACCUUUCGGUUCCUGUGGAUGAAAGCUAUGAGGCUCAGCGAUUGCUCACCAAGCAGCCGACUUGGAACGAUGAAGUCGAGAGCCUUGUGCUGGACUUCAAGGGUCGUCACAUCCUUUCGUCUGCAAAGAACUUCCAGCUUGCAUUGUCUCAGAAGCCUGAACACGUCCUUUGCCAGUACGGCAAAAUCGGGCCCCAGACGUUCAGCUUGGAUUUCAAGUAUCCGCUUAGCGUGGUCCAGGCGUUCGGCAUCUCGUUAACGACCCUCUUUUGGACUUGA